AUGCCUCUCACCCGAGACCCUUUCCAGAAUCCUACGUUGGAUAACGAUGAUUCCUACUUGGGAAAACCGCGGGCUUCCGAGAAACUGCCAUAUAAGAACCCAACUCACCUUGCUCAGCAACAGGAACCCUGGUGUCGACUCAGCUCAACUCCCACAAUCACGUCCAUGAGGCAGGAUGUUUAUUUUUUUGAUCCUGAGAUACCGAAGGAUGAUCUGGAUUUCCGAUUAGCAGCCUUGUACAACCACCACACAGGGACGUUCAAGAGCAAAAGUGAGACACUGAUACACCAGGAGACCAUUCAGGAUACCCAUGGAAUCAAGAUCCAAUUCCCUGGAGAAUUUUUAUCCCCUCCCCAGCCACCCCCCAUCACUUCCCGAGCUAACAUCAGACACUGGAUCAACCCUAAGAAGGAGUCUAUUCACAGCAUCCAGGGAUCCAUAGUGUCCCCUCACACUGCAGCCACCAAUGGAGGGUAUUCCCGAAAGAAUGAUGGUGGCUUCUUCUCCACCUAAGUGUUGA